GAAUCGGAUCACCUAUUUUCAUUCUGUCGUAAAACAUAACAUAUAUAGAGUAAUGUAUCUAACCUUCUCGGCUCUACAGUACUACGAGCUCAACGUUCCUAUUAAAAGUGAAAAUUCAUUUGUAACAACCAAAGCGAUUAGAAUUAUUCAUUAGAUACUAAUAUUGCCAAGCUAGUAGCUUGAAAACUAACGCUUUUGAAGCUAUAUUACUUGACUUUUGAACACCCUGCGCUAUACUUAUUUUAUCUAAUUCCUAUAAUCGCAUUGACCUUUUAUAUUCAAUAAUACCGAGUAAAUGUAUGUUUCUUAGUAAACCCGUACACAUGGGGAAUACCAUAUCACCGUCUGCUUUUACAUGCUACGUAUGUUAAUUGUUUACAUCUAGUCAUUCUCAGUUACAAGUUAUACUUGCGAUUAUGGCUCAAAAAAGCUUUGAAGACGGUGUGAGGGCCGAAACGAGUAUCUUUGGCCACUUUCCGACCAAUGUGCUUAGAUUUAGUUUAAAUUACUUGGCUCGAUUUGGAAUUGCCGGAGUUGUUGUGUAUUCUUGUUGGAUUGCUUUCUACAAUUACAACUAUUGGUUUACAUGGCAUGUGGUUCUGUGUACUUUUGGAUACAUACCAUUAAUGGCAGAAUCAGUAAUGCUGUUCUUAGGAGACGAGCUUUGGUCUCGACAAAUGACACGGACUGCAAAAUACACCAUUCAUGGAAUCAUUGUUUCGUUGGCCACAGCCUUAAUUAUUUGUGGAGAUUCAGUGGUAUUUCAUUAUAUCGAACCUGGACAUCAUCUUUAUACCGCACAUGGUAUAACCGGUUUGAUCUCACUAAUAUUCCUGGUCAUUUCGAUUCCGGUGGGAUUGGUAAUCAAAUACCAUCGAGAAGUGAAUCCUUACCUUCCGUUCCGCUUGAUCUGGUACAAAGCGAUCCACAACAUCCUCGGAAUUUUAGGAUACGUAAUCGGUAUAGUGAGCUUAUGUUAUGCGUUUUAUACAAAUUGGUUCAUUUAUUACACUACUUAUGAAUCGCGACUACUGGCGUUAGUUGUGACCAUUCUAGCCAGUCUAUGGACCUUAAAUGGUGCUGUUUUGUCUUUGGCGCACCAAAUUAAAUCAGUUUUUUCUUAGAAGGCCUAUAAUCUUUAGCUAGUUAUUUUCAUAUUUCGUCCUGUUUUUGUUUUAAUAGGGCAUCUAUUCUUUUUCCUAUUCCAAAAUAUCAUGGAACGAUUCUAUUUUGGAAGGAACAGGAAAUUUUCAUUAUUUGUAAGCUGUCUUGCUGAAAAUGUUGUUGAAAAAAAAAGUGUUGAUAUUAUUUUGUACAAUAGUUGAGUUUGGAUAGAAAAAUGUGCAUCCAGUUAAAAAUUCCUUGUGUGAUAUAUUUUUAGCUAAGUCGCAUUAAUCAAAUUAAAUAUAAAACUGUUGUAAUUUUAAGAAUUCAGAUAUUUUUCCUUAUUGGGGGGCCCAAAAUUUCCCAUGGUGCAAACCUACCGUUUAUAGAUUAAUUAUCACAGUGACUUACUUUGGACAGUUAUUAUAUUUCAAAGAAACUAAAGUAUGAACCAGACUUCUGUGUAGUCGAAUAAGUUUUGGAAAAUUAAUUGCUUUUUGUGCACAAAUCACGCAUGUAACAAAUUGAAUUUCAAGGAAAAUCUGGUACAUGUAAUCGAUCUUUCUAGGAAUAAGAAAAUGUAAUACUGCUUUAAAAUACAGAAUUGUUCAUCGUCAAUUGACGGAAKAAAAAAUCCACCUGUUCAA